CGACGCGAUUUUCCAACGGUAUUCGUAUCAAAUGCAAAUAUGUCUGGGUCUGGAAGAGUCCGAACUUGUGAUGCUGCAUUUGGAUUCCAAAAAAAUUUGUAUUGCAUAAGCAGCAAAGGGAAUGCAAUUUUGGCUAUGCAGAGAGGGCAUUUGCCAUGCGGAAUAGGCAUCGCGAAGCCCUGAAGAAGUCUGUAAUGCUAGGGCAUGCAUCACAGACAUCAUGGCCCAAGGAAAACGUGCAUGACAAGUCUGCUCAGAAUGUUCCAGACCCAGACAUUUUUGCAUUUCAUAAUUCGCAGGCCAGCACGAUAGCCCAGUUUGUUGAGUUCAUGGUGUUCAUCGUGCGCCAGGUUUCUGUAUGCAUUGCAAAAGUAUCGUACUCGUAUAAAUGCAUAUACAAAUUUCCUUAGCAUGAGAAAUAAAAUUUGUGAUGCGGCUUUAGCCUAAGAACAAGAUUUGUAAAUGCAUGUUUGCAAAAAUUACUACGAGUGCGAUACUUUUGCACAGGAUAUUCUGCCAUGCCAGCGGAGUUCACGCGCGUGGUGGCUGCGGCGGUGAGUAGUUUUUGCCAGGAGAUUCAGA